UAGGAAUCUGAUUCUAUGACGAUGAGCAGAAAUAAUGCAGAGAGGAGACCUUCAGGUUUGAACUUAGGAUAAUUUUUCUUUAUUUUUUAAAUGUUUAUUUUUUUCAUAUCACUUAAGUCGGUCACUUAUUUACUAGUAAGCCAGAAGGUGAGGAAGUUCACAGGGACUGAACUGAGCUUCUGAAACACAACUCGUUGUUGAUUUGUGACUUUGAGAUCCAGUUCAUCGAAACCGAACCGUGUUCACUCGGUACCGUCUCGUCUCCUCUCGCAGGAUUCAUCCAAAGUAACAAAACAUGUGGGCGGAGUGUGUGCUAAAGGACAACCAGCCAUGUUUGAAUGUCAGAUUCAGUAUGCCUGUCCUGUCCAGCAAUAAAAUCCUGGUGAGCAGCAACAGGCCAAAGUCUAAGGAGACCAAGCGGCUUGAAGAUGAAAUAGUCUACAACAUGGGUGAAGAUAUUUCUUGGAUGCCUUCUGCCACUCGCAACACCAUGAGGUAUCUCAGCUCUCGGCACAGGGAAGUCAGUCAGUGGCAGGCCCAGUUUUCUGAGAUUAUGGGCCAGCUGGAAAGAGAAGUCACUGCUCUGGAGAAGCUGAAAGACAUCGUUGACAGCUUUCUCCAAGAGAUGCAGUUGUGCCUUCAGCUGAUGAGCGACUGUAUUUCAGUCGUAAACACCCUGAGCCCAGCGGUCCUGAGCCAAGACCCCGUUUACGCUGAGCUGAGGAAAGAAGAGAGGCUGACGAAAGACAGCGGAGAAAUUCUGCAGGCGCAGGUCUGCAUCCUGCUCAGCAAAAUAAGUUCUCUGAAGAAGAUCCACAGUGAGCUGGGAGCAGAUUUACACGACAAAGGUGAAGCCACCAAGUUUACUAUGAAAUGCAUGACCCUUGAGCUCAACACGCCGAGCUCCUGUCUGCCUGCCGGUCAGUACAAGCCUCACCAUGUGGGCUAUGACACAUGGCUGUCUCACUGCAAAGACCUGAAGACGGCGGCCAACAUCCUGAUGAAGGACUCUUCUUCCUUCAGGGGAAACCUGAAGUUCUCUCUGGCCAAUAUAAAAAACGCCCACAAGCGUCAGCACCGCAGGACAGACGACGCUCUGAGGAAGAAAAUCCACGAACUGACCAGAAACCAGGAAAUGCUGCUCUUGAAGAGAAAGCAGAUCAGUGAUGACAUUUCUGAUCAGACCAAAGAAAUACAGAAAUUGAAGUGUGAGAUCAGGAGCUGUGACACCAAACUGGAUCAUGCUUCCCACCGCCUGGACAUCCUCAACCAGAGACCUGGAUACGAGCUCUGCCGGGACUUGCCGCACAUCAGCCUCACGCUGGAGAAUUACGACCUGGUAAAAAUAGGAGCUGGACUUCGCUCGGCGCUGAAGCUCUCUCAUCAGAACCUGGAGCUCCAACACAAGCACCUGAUGAUUGUCGAGGAGAAACUGUCCAAAAACGUUCACAUCCUAGGGGUGGAGAAGAAGUGUCAGAGCCUACUUCAGACAUUCCAGCCUGCCCAUGACACCGUCGUGGUCCUCGUCAACAAGGCCAAACUUCACAAGACCACGAGCAGCUCCAGCUGUCAUGAAUGCUUUCAGUAGGGCGCAUCUGCAGUCUUUUAUUCAUUAAAACACGUAUGAGCAAACUC